AUGCGUCCUAAAACCCGGAAANGUGACGCCAGAGCUGCCGCCGAUCGGGCCGAAUCCAUCGAGAAGUACGAGGCGGUGAUGGAGGAUUACAGGAGGAUGAUGAACGAGCAGGAGGGAGGAGGGAAGACCAGGGACUUCAGAAGGAGCUUCACCGCCUCCUCCACGAACGAGUACACCUCAAAAGAGUCAAGAAACAGGAAGCUGUCCUACAUCAAGAUCUUCAACGUGGGCAGCCGGUACCUGGUGAACCGGGUCCAGGACCACAUCCAGAGCCGCAUCGUGUAUUACCUCAUGAACAUCCACGUCACCCCGAGGUCCAUCUACCUGAGCCGCCACGGAGAGAGCGAGCUCAACCUAUCAGGUCGCAUCGGGGGGGACUCCGGCCUCUCCCCUAGAGGACACAAGUAUGCGAAGGGUUUGGCGACCUUCAUCAGAGGUCAGGACAUCACGGAGCUGAAGGUGUGGACGAGUCACAUGAAGAGGACCAUCCAGACCGCCGAGGCUCUGGGGGUCCCGUACGAGCAGUGGAAGGCUCUCAAUGAGAUAGACGCUGGUGUGUGUGAGGAGUUAACCUACGAAGAGAUUCAGGAGAAUUUACCAGAAGAGUUUGCUCUGAGAGACCAGGACAAGUAUCGUUAUCGUUACCCAAAGGGGGAGUCCUAUGAGGACCUCGUCCAUCGUCUGGAGCCGGUGAUCAUGGAGCUGGAAAGGCAGGAAAAUGUUCUGGUGAUCUGCCACCAAGCUGUGUUUCGCUGCCUGCUGGCCUACUUUGUAAACAAACCUGCAGCUGAGCUGCCUUAUCUCAGAUGCCCUCUUCACACUGUGCUCAAGCUCACACCGAUAGCUUACGGCUGUAAAGUUGAGUCAAUUUUCCUCAACAUUGAAGCAGUCAACACUCACAGAGAGAGGCCAGUGAAUGUCGACAUCAACAGAAACCCUGAGGAGGCUCUGCAGACCGUACCUGACCACAUAUAAAUACUGUGUUGUGAGAAAAAGACACAGAUGAAACGGGACGUGUUGCUACAUAUUAGCUUCACUAAAUAUAAGAGAUGCACUCCGGAGAAAGGGUAGGCUUUAAAGCAGAGUAGAAAUGGGGCUAAAUCUUCACUCCUGCUGCACCGACUCAACAGGAUAUUCUGUUUGAAGCGUGACUGUGAAACCUUCAUGUGUCUUAUCUGACUGGAGUUCUUUUUAAAAAGUGUUUCCCAAUGUUUACCAAAUAAGAUUAAAUUAAUCAUACUAAUGCACUAUGUUUUAACACUUAGAGAAAAACAUUUAAAAACAUGUGUAAAAGUUGUAACACGUGUAACCAUUGCACGGAUUAUGUGUUGUUGAUAAUCUAAUUAUAAAGGUGGGUCAGCCUCGUGGACAGCACCCACACAAACAAAA